CCAUGAUCCAAAUGCACACUUGCUUCCCUAUAUUGACGAAGAUCCCUAUCAGUAAGCUUAGGCACAAGUGACUUCGCCACAAUGCCGAAAGCCAUAUCAUCCAAGCUGAGCCGUGUGCACCAACCGGCCGCCGGCGACGUUCGCCUCGGCUCUGCCAGCGGUGGCGGCUCGGGCUCUAUGGCCAACUCAUCCAAUACGACCAAGAACCCCAUUUUCAACACUGAUCGAUUCGGGCAGCACAUCCUCAAGAAUCCACUCGUUGCGCAAGGAAUUGUGGAUAAGGCCAACCUCAAGUCGACUGAAACUGUGCUGGAAGUCGGUCCGGGCACGGGCAACCUGACAGUUCGCAUUCUCGAAAAGGCAAAGAAGACCGUCGUCGUCGAGAUGGACCCACGCAUGGCGGCCGAGCUCAACAAGCGUGUGCAGGGAAAACCCGAACGACGAAAACUAGAGGUUAUCAUUGGAGACUUUUGCAAGACAGAGCUACCUUACUUUGACGUCUGCAUCAGCAACACACCAUAUCAAAUAUCCUCGCCACUGGUCUUCAAGCUGCUCUCUCAUCGUCCCCUCUUUCGAGUCGCGAUCCUGAUGUUCCAGCGCGAGUUCGCCCUUCGCCUCCUGGCGCGCCCUGGGUCCGCAUUGUGGUGCCGACUGAGCGCUAACGUUCAGCUCUACGCAAAAGUCGACCACAUCAUGAAAGUCAGCCGCAACUCGUUCCGACCACCGCCGCAGGUCGAAAGCAGCGUCGUGCGCAUCACGCCAUUGAACCCACCGCCGCAAAUUCGCUUCGAAGAGUUCGACGGCCUGGCGCGGAUCGUAUUCAGCAGGCGCAACAAGCAGAUUCGCGCAUGCUUCUUUGGUGCGAGAGGUGUGCUCGAUAUGAUGGAAAAGAAUUGGAGGACGUGGUGUGCUGAAAAGGAAAAGGAAAUCGAUCCGAAGGUGUCCUUUGCCUCACUUGUCGAUAACGUGCUCAGAGACACGGGCUACACCAAUUCCAGAGCCGCGCAGCUGGACAUUGAUGAUCUUCUGAAGCUACUGGCUGCAUUCCACGAAGAGGGCAUCCACCUUGCUUGAGAUCUGCCAGAAGUUCUCGCCAAAUUCACCUUACUGUUGUACCAAAAUCACCGUUGUAUUUGUAGGCAAGCAGAUCGAUAGACAUGCUAAAUUAGA